CCCCCGGGCCGCCAGCGCGCGCCAGCCAGGUUACCUGCGGCCAGUGGGCGGGGCGGCUUCCCUUCUGCGCCGGCCCCCAGCCUCCCGGGCGGUGGCGCCGGGAAGUGGGAGCGGGAGCCAAGGAGGCGGGGACUGCCGGCGGAGGCUCCAGCCCGGCCCGGGCUCUGAGGCGAAGGGCGCAUGGAGUGGCCAGCGUGGCUCUGCGGCCUGUGGGCGCUGCUGCUAUGCGCCGGCGGCGGCGGCGGCGGGGGCGCGGCGCCCACUGCAACUCAGCCACCUGUGACCAAUUUGAGUGUUUCUGUUGAAAACCUCUGCACAAUAAUAUGGACAUGGAAUCCUCCUGAGGGAGCGAGCCCGAAUUGUAGUCUGUGGUAUUUUAGUCAUUUUGGCAACAAACAGGAUAAGAAAAUUGCCCCAGAAACUCAUCGUUCGAAAGAAGUGCCCCUGAAUGAGAGGAUUUGUCUGCAAGUGGGGUCCCAGUGCAGCACCAAUGAAAGUGAGAAACCUAGCAUUUUGGUGGAAAAGUGCAUCUCACCCCCUGAAGGUGAUCCUGAGUCUGCUGUGACUGAGCUGCAGUGCAUUUGGCACAACCUGAGCUACAUGAAAUGUUCUUGGCUCCCUGGUAAUAAAACAGGUCCCGACACUAACUACACGCUCUACUAUUGGCACAGCAGCCUGGAAAAAAUUCUUCGGUGUGAAAACAUCUAUAACGAAGGUCAACGUAUUGGUUGUUCCUUUAAUCUGAAGGAUCCCAGUUUAGAACAAGGUAGCAUCCAAAUAAUGGUCAAGGAUAAUGCAGGAAAAAUUAGACCAUCCUUCAAUGUAGUGCCUUUAAAUUCCCAUGUGAAACCUGAUCCUCCAGAUAUUAAAAAUCUCUCCUUCAAAAACGAUGGCUUGUAUGUGGAGUGGAAGAAUCCGGAGAAUUUUCAGAGCACAUGCUUACUUUACGAAGUAGAAGUCAAUAACAGCCACAUUGUUUCAGAAAUUUUUCCCGUUGAAGAGAUCAAAUGUCAGAGUUCAGAGGGUAGAAUCUGUUUGUUGUUCCCCAGUGUUCUUCCUGAUACUUUGAACACAGUCAGAAUAAGAGUCAAAACAAAUAAAUACUGCUAUGAAGAUAACAACCUCUGGAGUAAUUGGAGUCAAGCCAUGAGUAUAGGUGAGAAGACCAGCUCUACAUUCUACAUCACCAUAUUACUCAUCAUUCCAGUCAUUGUUGCAGGAGCAAUCAUAGUCCUUCUGCUUUACCUAAAAAGGCUGAAGAUCAUUAUAUUCCCUCCAAUUCCUGACCCUGGCAAGAUUUUUAAAGAAAUGUUUGGAGACCAGAAUGAUGAUACCCUGCACUGGAAGAAGUAUGACAUCUAUGAAAAGCAAACUAAAGAAGAAACUGACUCUGUAGUGCUGAUAGAAAACCUGAAGUGAAGCUCUCAGUAAUGGGGAUAAUUUAUUUUUACCUUCAAUGUGAUCUUGUGAAGAUUUGUUAUCUGGGAACUUGCUAUAUGGAAACUGAAACUACUAGACCAUUUAAAAACAGGCAGCUCGUAAGAGCCACAGGUCUUCAUAUUGAAUCGUGCACCAGAAAAACUAAGAAAUAGUGGGCCCUUUGGAGAAGAGAGUGGAGUCAUCCUCAUUGAAUUAUAAAAGUAGACAUCCUUUGCAAAGGCUUCAAACCAGGGGAUAAAGCAAAAAGUGAUGAUGACAGUAGGGUUAUUAUCAAGAGUUGUAACAAAUUUCUAAGGAAUCUAUACCUGCUUUGUAUUCUUUGUGGUCAAACAGCACCAACAGGUUUUAUUUGUUUGGGGAACUCAUUUUAGGUGGCAAAUGCUAAUGCCAAUCUUGUAAACAAAAUUGAUAAAAUCUGUUAUUUGAGAUCCGAUUGAGUAACGUUUGUGGCCAUUAGACUUCUUAACAGUCCAGAAUUAUCAUCCCCUUAAGCAGUAUUUUCCCCUGCUUCCACAGCCCCAGAAAUUAGUGUUGGUCAUGAUGAUGACAGGUACAGAAAAAGCAGAGGCAGCCUCUUCGACAAGACCUUUCAAAGCCAUUGCAGACCUUUGACAGCAUUGGAGGCAGAAUGACCCGUUGGGUAUUAGGCAUUGAACCAUGCAGUCUCUAAUGAUAUAUUAUUUUUCUUUACCUCAGCUACUCAAGUAUUUACUGUGUCCCUGGCUUGUGCUAGACCCCCAGAUUUGAGGCACAAACCCCCUUAAAAUCUAGUUGGGAAUCCUCAGUGCAUACCCCCUUCUUUACCUCCACCAGUCGUUUUUAAGACCUUCCAGCUCCACGAUUUGAUUUCCCCUUUUGCAUUCUCCCUCAUUCCCCUUCAUUCUAGCCUACCCUUCACCUUUCAUUGGAAAUUUAGAUAUAAAUCUGCUCAGAACACCUAGAGGGGCGGAGUAACUUGCAUCUUAGGUAAAGUUUGAGUAGACUGAGAAACAAUGACUAACUCAUGCAUAUUUUGUAACUUCUGUGUGAGUCCACAUUUGUUUGAGAGUUUUCAGCAUUUACUGUUUCUUUACAUGGUUUCUGAACAGGAAUGAGGUAUUAUCUUCACUUAGAACUUUGCUAUUUGCUCCAGAAAAAAAGAAUAGUAUCUUUUUCUCUUCCAAGAUGGGCCCUGGGAUUGAUUCCUCUUUUCCCUUACUGCCACAAGUGGUUAUUAUUAGUAGGUUUCCUGUCUUGUGUUGAUAGCCAGCCAUCCUAGGUGCCAGAGUUUGUACUCAUUUUUUGUAUAUGUUAGGGUUCCAUGCUCACCCAUCCCCACAACGUUGCCAUAUAUAUUUCCUCUCCUCCUCCUAAUUCCUCCAAAUUUAAAGAAGUAUGGAAAGUGAGAGGUUCCCCCACCUACCCAGUGUUUCUGUUCUCACACACACAGACUCAGUUUACUGAUAAGAACUUGAGCACUUUAUAUCACAAGUUCUUGCAAUGUUUACCCAUUUGUAUUAAUAAGAUGAUGCUACUUGCAACUCCUACCCUUUGGGGAGGGGAGAUCAGCGAUCCCUGAACCUCACAGGUUUAGGUACAAGUGGCCACAUGCUUCCACCGCAGUGGAGGAGCACUGUGCCCUGACUUUUCUGAGGAAAUUGGGGUUCGUGGCAAUGGUAGAUGUUAUUUCCUCCCUGUGCCUUUAUUUUUGAGGUCAGAUUGAGGCUGGGAGACAGGCACAGUGGAUGUUCCACUUUGUUCUUUUGUUGUUUAGAAGGAGUAGUUGGUUUUCCUCUGUAGGGAUGAGAUUCUUUCCUAGCCAGAUUUUUUAUUCUGGGAGACAAAACACCUGAAUGCCUCACCCAAAGCCGUUUUUACUGUUAUUCUGUGUAGUUGGCAGUAGAGGGGUAGGGAUGCUUUGAAAUUCUGAUUACCCAGGGAACUACAGAUGCUGACUGUCAUAAAGCUGGGAGUGGGGACAAUGUAUUUUGGUUCCAUCUCUUAUAGCAGUGAAAUAGCUGAGGGAAGAGGGGAGGGUGAAUUAUGGGAGUCCCAAUGGCUAUUUUACAGUUGCUGAAAAGUGACCCCCAAGUCUUGGGAGUUCUUGGAGACAUCAUCACAUCAGUGGGAUUCUCAUCACCGCUGGGAAACUACUAGGUUCGUUUACUAUUUUAUGUCAAACCUGUAUGGAUUUUUUUUUCCACAUACCUAAGUAAACCCACUGUACAGAUUGUCAUUCAUAUUCUUUCAUUCAGAUAAGUUUUUCUUCAUCUGGGCACUGAAGGGAUACAUGAAACAAUGUUAACCUUUUUGGUAAUGUCUUCAACUAGGGAUCAUUUUGUUUAACUUCUUAUAUGAAAGUUCGAGUAAAAUAAAUAUGGAAUGUCUUUUUGUAUGUCA